AGAGUUUUGCAGUCUGGAAUUUUACAUUUGUAUGCUUUGAUUUGAAAUUUGAGCUCUUACAUUUCUUAGUAGACAGAGUAAUUAACAGUGGCGAAGCUAGAAAUUUCAUCAACGGUGUUCGAGAUUUAUUAUGUAUGAAUCAAAAAUGAUUUUUGAGUUGUAUAAUUUUCUCCGUGUGGAGUUGAGAUAAUUGACAUCAUUACUUGCCUCCAAAAAAUGGAUAUUAUGUAUUCUUGAUUCUUUGGGUUGUGGGAAAUUACAUGAAGGGUUUCAUGUUGAUUCUUUGGGUUGAGGGAAAUUGCAGUUUCAUGUACGCUGAAUUGCUAAUUAAAGUUUUACCUAAAAAUGGAACAAGCCUGAAGAGUAGAAAAAAUAAUCAUGGCAAUUUUUAAGGUUUGUCCACUAGCAAUAUCUAUACGGACAUUCGGGAGGAUAUCCGAACUUCUGGAUUUUGUAUUAUUUGACAUUCAGAAGAUGCAUGAUAUUUUGUAUUAUUGGAUGUCAAACUUCUGGAUUCUGACUUGUAGUUCUCGUUGAUAACUUCAAAAUGAGUAGAAUAUCAUUAUACAUGUUGAUCAAGUUCUGAUUAUGAAUCUCAAAGUCAAGUUCCUAUGGUAAUCAUUUCUGUCACUUCCUGAUCUCCCCUCCUUUCCCCUCGUAGAAAAUGGUAAUCAAAAAACAAAGAAGGAAGCUAGAUAUCUUUCUCUUCUUAAAGUCCUUUCGGAUGGAUUCGACAUGAUAGUUUCUUUUGAGAACUUUACUAUCACGGCUGAACAAGAAGGAGCUAAGCUGAGAAAGUUACUGCUGGAUUUGGUUAUUUUUAUUCUCAGUGAUCAUGCAUCUUCUUUCCUGGUGCUUUUACUGUCUUACCCAGGAUAUAUCAUUUGAUAACAUGCCAAAUGCGGUUGAACUUUUUGAAACUUAUGGCUUCUUAAAAAGUAACUUCUCUUUUGUUUUGAUGGCGGGAUUCCGUUUCUUCUCCCCUUCUACAAAUAUAAUUAUGAGUGAAGCCUAUAUUGGCUUUGAGUUUCUCUUUUUGUAGCUUUUGGUUUUGAUAAUGGAACUUCCGGUAGUGAUUUUCUUUUGUCUGUGAGAUAUGGCCAUGAAAUAUUGACACAACUACUUGUUCAGUGUCUUGAGAUGUUCAAUUCAGAUUAGAUAUUACUGUCCAACCAACCACUUAACUUUUCAAUUGUUCAAUUUGUAAGCUAAGAAAUGCUUAAAAGUGAUUUCUUACAGGAAACCAAUCAAAACAUGUUCAAUGUACUUGAUAAGAAAACAUGCUCAAUGUCUACAAAAGCUUUGCGUUUUAAUAUUUAUUGGGACUAAUGGUGAGACAUACUUCAAUACAGGAGCGUUAGUUUCCUGUGUACAGAAUUUUCCUAAAAGCCGUGGUCCAAUAGUGGGGAUACUUAAAGGAUUUGCUGGGCUAAGUGGUGCAAUUUUGACACAAGUUUAUGCUAUGUUCAACUUUCCUGAUCAAGCAUCCCUUGUUUUCAUGGUUGCUGUUGGGCCAUCAAUUGUAAUUACCGCUGUGAUGUUCUUGGUUAGACCUGUAGGUGGUCACAAACAAGUUAGACCUUCAGAUCAUUCGAGCUUCCUAUUUAUCUACAGCAUUUGCGUUAUCCUGGCAGCUUAUCUGUUGGCAGUUUUGCUUCUUCAGGAUUUAAGCAGUCUAAAUGAGAAUGUGGUAAUCUUUUUGACAAUUAUCUUACUUAUAUUAAUAGUGCUUCCGAUUAUUAUUCCUCUUUUUUUGGUUUUCUUCUCUGAACCAAGGCCGGUUUUGGAGGAGAGCCUUCUUCCUGAGCCAGAGAAACAAGGAUCCUCUAGAAUGGGGAGUUUCGUUCUCAGCCUCAGUGAGGUAGAAGAUGAGAGGUCUUCUGAGGAAGACACACUCCCACCAUCAGAAAGACAAAAGAGAAUUGCACACUUGCAAGCUAAACUAUACCAAGCAGCAGCAGAAGGAGCAGUUAGAGUCAAGCGGAGAAAAGGUCCACGCAGAGGAGAGGAUUUCACUUUACUUCAGGCUCUAGUAAAGGCAGACUUUUGGCUUAUUUUUCUCUCCCUAGUUCUAGCAUCUGGUUCUGGUUUGACAGUGAUUGAUAAUCUGGGUCAGAUAUCUCAGUCGUUAGGUUAUUCUAACACCCACAUAUUUGUUUCAAUGAUAAGCAUUUGGAACUUUCUUGGUCGUGUUGCUGGUGGAUACUUCUCUGAGAAUAUAGUAAAAUACUAUGCAUACCCAAGACCUGUGGCAAUGGCUGCAGUUCAAGUUGUUAUGGCAUUUGCUCUUUUCUUCUAUGCUAUGGGGUGGCCUGGUUCAAUAUAUGUGGUUUCUGUGUUGAUAGGACUCGGCUAUGGAGCACACUGGGCUAUUGUACCAGCUGCAGUCUCAGAACUUUUUGGAUUGAAAAGCUUUGGUGCAUUGUAUAACUUCCUUACAUUGGCUAGUCCAGCUGGUUCGCUGAUAUUUUCUGGUGUUAUUGCUAGUGGUAUAUAUGACUAUCAGGCAAAGCAGCAACAUGAACAUCGGAUUCAAGGUUCCAUACUGGGUCCAGGAGUGCCUCUUCUGAAGGAUGACUUUCUUACUUGUUAUGGUUCCAUAUGCUAUUCACUCACAAUGGGCAUCAUGUCAGGACUCUGCAUCAUUGCAUUUAUCUUGAGUAUGAUUGUUGUGCAUCGAACGAAGAGGGUUUAUGCACAACUCUAUGGCAAGCCUCUAGCUUGAAGGAUAUUCAACUUAAGACACUCUGCAGUUUAUAUCAUUCAAAUGUAUCCUCAUUCCUUGGCAGAUUACUCGAGCGAUUUUGAGGAAAGAGAAGGCAUCACAGAUUUAAUCUGCCCGUACGCCCCCGGAAACUUAAUCCUUUGUCAUAUCUCUUUGUUUAUAAACUAUUUUAGAGUGUUCUUGACAAACACAAUGUUUAGAUUCCCAGUGAACCAUAUUAUUCUGUCAUGUCAUCCAGUCUAUGAAGCAAGUGUUUUUGUUUUUGUUUUGCUGGAGAUAACAGUCAUUUGUAAUUCUUGACCAUAUGUUAUGAUAUCACUAUUUGCGGUACAAUGUUAAAUUUUUGAAGAAAUGGAGAAUGUGUUUGUUCUUUCA